AUGCAAAAUGAGACUGAAGAAGAACGAACAAACAGGCUACAAAAGAGAAAGCAAGACCAAGCAACCGAAACAAUUGAUGAACGAGCAAGAAUACUUGAAAUACUACGAGCACUUUGUCACACAGCAAGUUCAAAUGAAAGUGACCAAAAAUCACAUGAGCAGUUGAGUAUGUCUGUUGAUCCAACUGUAGAUAUAUCUGUUCCUGAAGCAGACGAGGAUAAUGAGUCUAUACAUGAAGCAGAGGGGCCAGGGUGAGUAGAAAUGAAUAUUUACAUUAGGGUGGUUGGCAAAAUGGUGACAACCCUCUGCAUGAGCUAGAGUUUGUACAAAAUGAAAUGCACAGUUUUCAUUUAGAUCAAGAACAUUUAGAGCAUCGACAAUGUACAAUGUGUAAAUAAGCUUGGUCGACACGACAGAACUUGGCAGCAGAAGUAUACAUUUGUUACCGGUGCAAAAGAGACAAGAAAUCACACAAGAAAUUUAGUGCAGAGAAUGACAUGGACCCAGGAAUAGUUCCUGAACAAUUGAGAGGUUUGGCAUAGGUAGAAGAAAUGUUAAUUAAAUUAAAUUCCAUUAUGAGAGCUGUAUAGAAAACAUGGUGGUCAGAGGGGGUAUAAAGGACAUGUACUUAACUUACCACAAGAUAUUCAAAGUUCCUUGAAUAGGUUGCCUUCACGUGUGGCAGACUUGCCUGUUUUGAUUGUGUGAAGACAUGGUGCAGAACACACACAUCGAGACUUUACUGUGCGUCGACACAAAGUUCUAGAGGCUGUGUUAUGGUUAAAGACAAACAAUCCGUUCUUUAAAGAUAUCGAAAUUGAUAGAGAUGUCAUCCAAAGUUUACCAGAAAAUGGUAUUCCCGAUGAGCUAAGGUAUGUCAUUGAUAAAAAUGAGCUUUCAGUUCAUGUUGAAAAUGAGGGGCUUCCCCAAGACCCAGUAAUGAGUGCUAAUGCAAGUGUGGAAGAGUUAGUUUUAGGAAGUGGCAGUACAUCGUUUAUUCCUAUGCGUCAAAGACAGAGAAAAGAAGGUGCGGCUAUCCAAGAUGCAGUAAGUGAGGUUGAUCCGUUAGACUGGCCAUCUACUGAAGGUAAUCUCAUUAAUGAAUUUAAAACAGAUGGUUUAGCUAGUAUGGCCUAG